AUGUUGGAAAAGCGCCCGGCUGCAGCCCCAACCUCUUUCCCUCUCGCUUCCACGCUGAGGAUCGGCAUCGUUCAUGCCAGGUGGAACACAGAGUGCAUCGAUGCGCUGGUCAAGGGGAGUGUGGACAGCCUGCUCAAAUCAGGUGUGAAGAAGGAAAACAUCCACAUCGAAAGUGUGCCUGGAAGUUGGGAGCUGCCUCAUGGAACGAGCAGGUGAGUUGGUCGAGCGACGGCCAAACGGGGCGAUCGAGCGCGACAGGCAGAUCGCAGCCUCGCUGAUCUACCAUUGCGCCGCUUUGGACCUUGUGAUCAUCUCAUCAGAAUGAUCGCUGCGUCUCAAAUCCAAGCUUCGUCGGCAGCGACGGAUUUGAUGGGUGCUACGUCGCUGCUGGAUGGGGAAGAUUCCAAGCCCGAAUCUCAAACCUCAUCCGGUCCGCUCGACGCCAUCAUCUCCAUUGGUGUGCUCAUCAAAGGCUCUACCAUGCACUUUGAAUACAUCUCCGAAGCUUGCGUGCACGGUCUCAUGAGGAUUGGACUGGACACCAACGUACCCGUCAUCCUAGGUGUGCUCACUGCGCUUACGGAGGAACAGGCAAAGCAGAGAUCUGGGAUUGGAGCGAAUGCGCACAACCAUGGAGAGGACUGGGGCACUGCUGCCGUCGAGUGAGUGCGCGAGUGGUCGCUGCAUGGAACACGGGAGAAGGGCAGCGUCUGUGUGCACAGGGUCAGGGAUGCGCCGUGUGUAGCGCAGCUUGGCGCACAGUCUUGAUGCCAUGGCACUCCGGGUGGAGUCGCCUAAGUACCUGUAGUUAAGAGGCUCGACGCCAUGCAUGCUGCACAGUACCGCUGACCCAACAUGCGCCUUCCCUCCCCCUUCAUGUCUUUGCCCACACGCAGGAUGGCAAGCAAGACGAAGGGCUGGGCCGAGGGCAAGUUGGCGAAGUGA